AUGCCUGAUCCUGUUUCAGCUCAUAUUAAUUUACCUCCCAUUGCACCACUUAGCUCACAACCCCCACCUGUUGCUUUUAUCACUCCUAUCCUAGGGAGUUCACUCCCACCAUUUGUUACUGAUGCACACCGAUCUGACCUCCCCACCAUUUAUCCUCACGAGAUACCCGCUCCCCGUCCUAGGGAGGGUACAUCUGGGCAGCCUCCUAGUUUUGACCCUCUAGCAUCUGCCGGUUUCAUGCCUACUUCUCAUUUCUCCCCGUUCGAGGCAGACCCAUAUUGUCAGUCUCCCAGGUGGUUUCCACCGUAUUCCAUGCCAUUAUCAGAUCCCUACCACCCUUCUCACCAUGCUGGGUACACUCGUGAUGACCUCUUUCUUUCACUUCAGCUACAGUUCGAGAUUCUUAGUCGUAGGGUACUAGAGUUAGAGUGCGAGGUGGACGCUAGACAGCCUCCACCACCUUUAUAUCCUCCACCUGUUACUCCACCACCACCGUCGUUCCCUCCUCCUGUAUUUCCAUCAUCUGCUCCUGUUUCUAUUGAGGGUUUCAAUGCCCGUUUUCUGACUGCUGAGCAGCAGAUCAGCUUCCUAGUUCGUCGCGUGCAUGAGCUCAAGGACGAGCUCGCAUAUCUCCGCAGUCUGAUCUUUCCUGCUCCCCCGCCACCUCUAGCACUUUAG